AUGUCGAGUGAUAGAUGUUGCGUUCAAAAGCACGUAAUGGAAGUGGCAAACAAGGCCCCAUAUACACGUUGCAAUUGUCACGCACUAAAUCUGGUGAUAGUGCAUGCUUGCAAAGAUACAGAUGUACGAUUUACAUUAGACAAAGUUAAAGCAAUUUGUAUCUUUCUCAAAUCAAGUGUUAGACGCGAAGGAUUACUAAUCCACAUCGUGCAACAGUCUGCUCCUUCUAACGAAAAGAGGAAACCAUUGAUCGACCUGUGCAAAACGCGGUGGGCUGAGAGGCAUGUUGCCUUUUCACAUUUUUACGACAGCUACGUCUUCCUAGUGGAGUCGCUAGAGUAUAUAGCAAAUGGUAUAAACAAGAGCCAGCAUGACUUGCAGCUGUAUGAUGGAUGGGAUGGACACUCUCGAUCUGAAGCUGCAUCUUUCCUUCGCUCGAUAACGAACUUCGACUUUACUGUGAUCUUCAUGAUUCUGUAUCAAGGUCUUUUUGCUUUGUCUGGGAUUAGCAUACAGCUACAAGAAAAGGUUGACACCAUAAAAGAGACGUACAAUACCUUACGACAGAAAAUCAACCAGAGGUUCCAUGACUGGUUUUUGCAGGCAAAGCACAUGGCAGAAAGGGUCGGAACGACUCCAGAGUUGCCGAGAACAGCUGGUCGACAAAAAAAUCGUCCCAACGCCUUUGGAAACAAAGAGUGUGACUGCGAAACUGAAACGCUGUGUCCACAUGUGGUCGAAUCCUACUACAGGAACAACCACGCAAUACCUUUCAUAGAUCACAUUUUGGCAGUGUUAGACCUGCAAUUUUCUGACUUGUCAAAAAAGUGUUCGGAGCUUUUGUGUUUAGUGCUGGCAGUUGCGGUGCAAAGAAAUCUGACGUACUGUGGUGGCUUGCUACAUACGUACCAUGAUGACAUACCGUCGCCAGGUCUCUUGCAGGAGGAAUAUUACAGAUGGGUUGCUCACUUUGAAUCACAUGGAGACAAUAUCCCUGACACAUGCGUAUCUGCACUACAGCAUUGCGACCGAGCUCUUUAUCCUAAUAUUUAUGUUUUGCUUAGACUAGCAUGCACGCUGCCAGUUUCUAGCGUAGAGUGUGAACGCUCAGCAAGCUGCUUGCAAAGGCUUUACCACUACACUAGAACUGCCAUGUUAGAUGAGCGUCUAUCAUCACUAGCCAUGAUUCACAUUCACUAUUCUUUUCGUCGUGACAUAUCGGCUAUAAUUGAUAGAUUUGCCAACCUUCAUCCAAGGAAACUCGAGCUAAAAAGUCUCAUUUACUAA